AUGAUAUUAUUACCUCUUGGAAAUUAUCAAUUUUUAAAAAAUCUAUUCUGUAAUCAAUUAUUUAUUAUUUCUAUUAUAAUGCAACAAUUUAUUAAUGCUAAACAUAAUUCAACUUCUAUACAUCCUAAAGAAAUUACCAUUAUUAAAUGGGAAUUUCAUGAAUUCUCUACUCAUAUUACUGUAAUGUUAUUCUUAAUUCUAUUAGUUUGUUUAAAAUUAGCCUAUCAUUAUAUACCAUAUAUAUCAGUUUAUGUACCAGAAUCAUUAUUAUUAAUAUUAAUUGGUAUUACAUUUGGUAGUAUUGUAUUUUAUAAAAUAGAACAGUAUACAAAUAAUAAUAAUCAUGAUCAUAAUAAUAAUAAUAAUCAUACAUAUAUAUCUAUAGAGAAUACUGUAUGGAAAUUUACACCUGAAUUAUUUGCUUAUUAUUUAUUACCACCAAUUAUAUUAGAAUCUGCAUAUGGAUUAUAUAAUCGUACAUUUUCUGAAUAUCUUGGAGUUGUAUUAAUAUUUUCUGUGAUAGGUACAAUAUGUAAUUUUUUAUUAAUUGGUUUUUCAUUAUAUAUAUUAUAUGAAUUAAAUUUAUUAGGUGAACCAUUAUUACAAUUUAAUAUAAAAGGUUAUUUAUUAUUUAGUUCAUUAAUUGUUGCUGUAGAUCCUGUUGCUGUGCUAGCUAUUUUUCAAGAUAUUGGUGUUGAAUUAAGUUUAUAUUAUAUUGUAUUUGGUGAAUCAUUAUUUAAUGAUGCAAUUACAAUUGUAUUAAAUGAUAUUAUGAUUGUAUUUAAUAGUAAUGAACAAUUAACAACAUUACAAAUAUUUAUUGGUUUUAUAUCAUUUUUUACUGUAAGUUUUGGUGGUUUAUUAAUUGGUGUAUUAUUUGGUAUUAUAACAUGUUUAAUUACAAGAAUACGUAGUCAUUUAUCUGUAUUUACAAUAUUAUUAUUAGCAUAUUUUUCAUAUAUUAUAGCUGAUUGUAUUGGUUGGUCAGGGAUUAUAUCAAUGAUUGGUUGUGGUUUAAUACAAGCAGCAUAUGCAUUUCAUAAUAUUGGUGAAAAAUAUGUUAAAAGUGUACAUUUAAUAACAAGAAUGUUAGCUGAAGUUAGUGAAGGUGUUAUAUUUUUAUUUUUAGGUAUACAAGUUAUAUCAUAUAAAUUAGAAUGGCAUACUGGUUUUAUAUUAUGGGGGCUUAUAUUAUGUUUAUUAUCAAGAGCUAUUAUUGUAUUUAUUAUUACAGCUAUUGUUAAUUAUGUUAAUAUUGAUGAAACAAAAAUUACAAUUGAACAACAAAUUAUAUUAAUUUAUGGUGGUUUACGUGGUGCUGUUGCAUUUGCAUUAUCUGUAUUAAUUCCAGAUGAUUUAUUCCCAAUUAAUAGUUUAUAUCAUAAAAAUGUCAUAGUUACUACAACAUUAUUUAUUAUUUUAUUUACGGUUGGUUUUAUGGGUUUAACAACAAAACCUUUAGUGAAAUUAUUAAAAAUACGUAAAAAAGAUCAAGAAAAAUUAAGUUUAUUUUAUAUAUUAAAUAAAAAUAUUAUUGAUCAAACAUUAACUGGUAUUGAAACAUUAACUGGUUCUAAAGGACGUAAUGCUAUUAGAGAAUUUUUUAUAAGAAUUGAUGAAAAAUAUAUUAGACGUAUAUUACAACGUAAUCCAGAACGUUAUGAUGAAAAAAUUUUAAAAGUUUAUGAACAUAUUGCAUUAAAAUUACUUUAUGCAUCAACACGUCCUAAUGAUACAGAAAAUAUAUUAAAAAAUAUACCAGAAUCAUUAAAAUUAAAUCAAUUAAAUCAAUAUUCUAGAAAUAAUAUUUAUAAUAAUGGUGCAACACAUGAUUGGAUUAUACGUAAUAAUUUAUCAAUGAUACCAAUUGAUGAUGAUUAUGAUGGUAAUCUUCAUGAUGUUAACCAUAAUAAUAAUAACAAUAAUAAUAAUGAUGAGGAUGAAGAUGACGGUGGUACAUUUGGUGAAGGUUCAUUUAUAUCCGCUGAACAAAUGAUGAAAAUGAAUAUAAAUAAAAAACAAUAUAGAAAAGUUUCAAUUAAUGCUAAUGAUAUAUUAUUUGAUCAUUUAUCACGUAAUAAUUAUCAUCAUGGUAUAUAUGCAUCAACAUCUAAACGUAAAUGUCAAUUAGAUUUUAAUGAAGCAUUUAAUGAUCUAUUACAAUAUCGUAUAGGAACUAUAAAACAUCAACUAACAUUAAAUAACAAUAAUACUACUAAUACUACUACUAAUAAUAAUAAUAUUGAAAUGAAUAUUAAUCAAUUUAAACAUACAACUAAAAUAGAUCAUAUAGAUCAACAAAAACAAUCAAUAAAAUCGGAAGAAUUUAAACCAAUACAACAAUUCAACAUUGAACCAGAUGAAAAUAAACAUAUUAUUCAAAGUAAAAUACAUGAUAAUAAAAUAGAUUCUUCUAUUGAACAACAUAUUCAACAAUCGUCAUAUUCAAUACAACCUGAAAUUAUAGAUUAUCGAAAAAGACAAGAAUUUAAAAAAGAUAAUAAAUAG